CAUAGACAUCGAAGAAGUCUCUUUCUAUUAGUUCUGCAUUAAUCUGUAUGGGUCAUUUAUUUUUAUUGUGUCCAGAACGAAAAUGGCUCCCGUCGCCGGAGGCGAAGGGCUAGGCCAAGGCCAAGGAGAAGGUUUAAUCCAUGCGAAGCUGAAAUAGAACAAGUCCGGAGGACUGUAUUUGUUUCCAGCAUUGAUAACCGGAUCUCUGAAGAGCAUCUUGCAGCUCUCUUUCUCAGCUGCGGGCCGCUUGUCGACUGUCGUAUCUGUGGUGACCCAACUUCUAUGCUCCGAUUUGGGUUCGUCGAGUUUGCUGAGGAGGAAUCUGCGAGAAUUAGUUUGAGUCUUGAAAGGACCAUGCUUGGUUCGCAUGCUAUCAGGGUGGUGCCUUCCAGAUCUGCAAUUGCACCCGUUGAUCGGAGACUUUUGCCGAGAUCUGCUGCUGAAAGGGAGAGAUGCACAAGGACUGUCUACUGUACAAAUAUACAGAGAGAGGUUCCUGCAGAAGAGAUCAUAUUCUUUUUUGAAUCUUUCUGUGGGAAGGUUCUUUGCUUGAGGGUGUUUGACAACCGUCAUUACCCAACUUGUGCUGCAUUCGUGGAGUUCGCCACGUCUGAGAGUGCAGUUGCAGCCCUCAAUUGUAGUGGUUUUGUCUUGGGAGCAUUGCCGAUUAGGGUAAACCCGUCGAAGACACCAAUCAUACUGGGUGAUUUCCGCAGCAGGAUUUGAUGAGCCUUCCUGGCAGGUCUUCUCAGUUUGUAGUUCUUUCAUCAUGUACAAGUGAAUGGAAUUGAGAUGCCAUAGUUGGCCAUGUUAUGGGGCAUGCUAAGCUUAACUGUGUAGGCUUUAUGCCAAGGCCAUUAUGCUUUUGCUAUGUCUUCAACAUGAAACUCCUUGAUAGUCUGUUAUUCUCCAGUGAUCUUACUUGACAUGUUUCCAGAAUUUAGCAUGUGUUUGCUUAAUAGUU